AUGCUUUUAUUUACUCUUGGUGUUCGGCCAUCGAAAGGGGCUGACGGUUCUUCUAAAGCUUCUAAAGCUCCAAAGAAGAUAAAUCAAGCUGAGAAACCACCAACUAUGGAGGAGGGUGUUACAAAAGAAAUUAUUCGUUCGAAAUCAGGAAUUCUCAAGCAUACAAAGAAACCAACGAAGAAACCCAAUGAUUCCCCAGUUAAGCAAUCUGUUCAAGAACCAGAAAUCAAAACUACUGAGCAAACACAUGUUGAUUCUUCACGAACUCAUUCUUCUCAGGAGGGUAUCAAGAAGAUUUGA